UGAUCCAAACAGUCGUUGAGGCAGACGCGGUGUGGACGUGGAUCAGGAUUAGCACUCAGCGGGAGAUCUGGCCCUCCUCCUCCUCCUCUUUAUUUCUUCUUCUCUUUCUUUCUUUGUUUCUGCUCCUGCAGUCAGAGUCCUCCUGAGCUCUGCUUCUCUCUGCUCCUACUCUAGCGCAGACCCUCUCUCUCUCCCUCAGGCCUGCAGCUCUUCAUCAACAGGUCUCGGAGGAGCAGAGGAGUAAAAUAUGAUGAUGAUGAUGAUGAUGAUGAUGAUGUGAUGAAGGAGAAGAGGAGGAUUCAGGAGGAGCCCGGUUUGAUGCUUUCAGCUGCCGUGAGAGACCGAGAGGCGGACCGAGAGGAGGACUGCCAACAUGAUGCCGAUGUUCCUCACCGUGUAUCUGAGCAACAACGACCAGCACUUCAGCGAGGUUCCCAUCACGCCAGAGACGCUGUGCCGGGAUGUGGUGGAGCUCUGUAAGGAGCCCGGAGAGGCUGAGUGUUACCUGGCUGAGAUGUGGAGAGGCUCAGUUUCCAACCAAUCAGAACGCGUUGUUGGAGAAGGGGAGCGGAUGUUCGAGGUGCUGCAGCGAUGGGGGCAGCAGAGGGGGGAGGUCCGAUACCUCCUACGCCACCAGAGAGCUCCAGGACGGGACACAGGUGGGUCCAGAGCUGCAGAUCAGAUGAUGAAGAGGAACCAGGUGAAGGCGUCUGUGGAGAGAUGUCUGGAGAACGGGAUCUCUCCUUCUCGUCUCGACCUGACGCUGAGCGACCUGCAGGAUCUGGCGACCCGACAGCAGCAGCAGAUCAACGCCCAGCAGCAGCUCCUGGUCUCCAAGGAGCAGCAGCUGCGUUACCUGAAGCUGCAGGAUCAGCGUCAGCAGCAGCAGGACGUCUCUGAGCAGGAGCGACUGCAGCAGCUCAGAGAGAACGCUCAGAACCAGGAGGCCAAGCUACGACGGGUCCGGGCCCUCAGGGGCCAGGUGGAGCAGAAACGCCUGAGCAACAGCAAGCUGGUGGAGGAGAUCGAGCAGAUGACCGGACUGUUCCAGCAGAAGCAGAGAGAGCUGCUGGUGGCCGUGUCCAGGGUGGAGGAGCUCAGCGACCAGCUGGAGGCGCUGAGGAGCAACAGAUUUGAGCUUCCUUUCCCUAAUUCAACUCUUUACCACCACACCACCUCCUCCACCGCCGAGCUGGAGCGCCUUUAUAAGGAGCUGCAGCUAAGGAACAAGCUGAACCAGGACCAGAGCGGCCGGCUGCAGCAGCAGAGAGACAGUCUGAACAAGAGGAACCUGGAAGUGGCCGCCAUGGACCGACGGCUGGCCGAGCUCCGACAGCGGCUCUGGAAGAAGAAGGCGGCCCUGCAGCAGAAGGAGAACGUGCCGGUGAGUUCAGACGGCGUGGCCCCUCAGCACUGCGGGGGCUCCAGAGUGGCAGCGGUGGGGCCCUACAUCCAGUCGUCCUCCACUACCAGCUCUCAGGGGCCUCCUGUGCCGGCUCGACAGGAAGCUCUGGUGAAGCCGGCGUACCCAGACGGCACCGCCACCCUCCCCAUGCCAGACUCGGCCCUGAAACCGCCUCCGCGACCAGUAAAACCAGCAGCAGGUUUUGCCACGACAAAAAUCACCAAAGUGUCAGAGUGGAGCGGCUCAUCGUCUGAAUCUGGCGGCGGUUUCAGCCACUCGUCCACGCUGCCUCGCACGUCCGCUCACAGCUCAGGUGGUAAAAACCUCUCCGAUCAGAAGGGCCUCUCUGGGUCGGACAUCCCGCCUCCUGUCCCCUCACGGACCAAUCACAGCACUGAUAACCUGCUCAGAGACAGCCAGGCGACUAAAGGUCAAUCAAAGAUGGCGGCUCCACCCCCACUUCCCUCCAAACCCAAGCCUUUCUCCUCCUCCAGCCCUCCCAACUUCUCAAAGCCCGCCUACAGCACCGGAACCUUCCCCGGUAAAGCUCGCCAAGUCGGCGGUCACCUCUCCAGGGCAUCGGCGGGCGUCCUCUUCACCCACAGCAGCACCCUCCCCCUCCCCCACAAACAGGAGAGCCCGCCGGCCGCCGCCGUUCGCCCCUACACCCCCGAGCUCUCUGAGGCUCCGCCCCCCGUGCUUCAGAAGCCGCAGACUCUGACGGCAUCGUUCAUCUACUCCAUGUACACCCAGCAGGCCACGCCAGGGAAGGGCUACCAGCCGGGCGGCCAGGGCACACUAACCCGCAGAGUUUACGGGAAACCAAAGAAGUCCAGCGUCUCCUCAGACAGCGCCACCGUGAACUCCGGGUCCACGGUUUCUGACGGGAGCGAGGCUGACAACAGUUGCCUUGGUAACAGUGAAGGUGUCACAGCUGAGACAUCUGAACGCUCCACCCCUCGACCUCUCAGCCCCACCAAGCUCCUCCCCUUCAUCUCCAACUCUCACCGGAACCCCAGCGACGCCGACCUGGAGGCCCUACGCCGCCGGCUGCACCACGCCCCCCGGCCCCUGAAGAAACGCAGCUCUAUCACGGAGCCUGAGGGCCCGGCGGGGCCCAAUAUCCAGAAGCUGCUUUAUCAGAAGACCACUCUCGCCGCCAUGGAAACCAUCCCCAUGGAGACGGCCGUUCCAGGAGGGGCGCUCACCCAGCCUGGGGUCCAAGAAGAAGAGACGCCAAAGGUGGACGAUUUCUGUCAACCUCCAGAUAGUAGUCCAGAGGAAAGCCUCACCCCGCCCCCUCUGCCACCCCGCUCACCCAUCCCAGACCCUGCCUCCUCACGCCCCCUGGCCCCGCCUCCAGAGGACAAGGAGGAAAAGGAGGAGGUGCGUCCACCUGCCCAGGUAACAAAGGAACCGUAUUUAGAGGAGUUCCCCCCGUACCCGCCCCCACCCUACCCCAGCGGGGGAGAGGCUGAGCAUGGGGAUGACGGGCACCUGCAGCCACCAGAGGUCACGGGACUGGUCACCCUGCCCCCGGGGAAGAAGUCCAUCCUCCGUAAGGCCGGCUCAGAGCGGACCGACCGCAGCACCCGGGUCAAGUUCAACCCUCUGGCCCUGCUGCUGGACUCGUCUCUGGAGGGCGAGUACGACCUGGUCCAGAGGGUCAUUUACGAUGUUGAAGACCCGAGCAUGCCCAAUGACGAGGGAAUCACGGCGCUGCAUAACGCCGUCUGUGCUGGCCACACGGAGAUUGUGAAGUUUCUGGUUCAGUUUGGAGUCAACGCCAACGCCGCUGACAGUGACGGCUGGACGCCGCUCCACUGCGCUGCUUCCUGUAACAACGUCCAGGUCUGUAAGUUCCUAGUGGAGUCAGGAGCGGCGGUGUUCGCCACAACGUACAGCGACCAGCAGACGGCCGCCGACAAAUGUGAGGAGAUGGAGGACGGCUAUGCCCAGUGCUCCCAGUUCCUCUAUGGUGUUCAGGAGAAGAUGGGCGUGAUGAACCGCGGCGUGGUCUACGCUCUGUGGGACUACGAGCCUCAGAAUGAGGACGAGCUGGGCUUCAGCGAGGGCGACUGCAUGACGGUGUUGAAGCGUGACGACGACAAAGAGACGGAGUGGUGGUGGGCCAGAUGUGGAGACCGGGAGGGCUACAUCCCCCGAAACCUGCUGGGGCUGUAUCUGAGGAUCAGACCCAGGCAGAGGAGCCUGGCUUAACCCACGGCUGACAAAUCCAGGACCCGGCGCUCUGAGGAGGAACGGAACUAUGGAGUCAGGAGGGACGCAAAAACACAGACGGACAUGUUAAAUGACCGGCCAAUCAGGACAAAGAAUGUGAACUGUGACUAAAGAAGAAGAAACGACAACUCAUCUACAUCCUGUCCCAACACCAGGACUUCAUUGACCAGCUUCAGUCUGAGCGCCAGUCCAGAGAUCGAUUUACAAGACAGCGCUGUCACUCGCUGCUUUGACCCUUGGGGUCGGCCUGUUGGCCUCCAUCUUGGUUUUUGUUGAUAAAGAGACGUUUUUAGAUUAGACGGUGACGCUGAGAGGAUGUGAGGGAUCAGCAAAUGCUAAGUGGUUAGCUAAAGCUGCUGUUCUUUGGGUUUCAAGGUUUUUGUUGAGUUUAACUCUAAUUAUUGAAAAAUAGCUGCCAACUCAUCACAAUGUCUUUUUAACCUCCUGAGACCUGAGCUCAUGGUCUACCUACAGGAUCUGGUUAACCUGAGACCUGAGCUCAUGGUCUAACUACAGGAUCUGGUUAACCUGAGACCUGAGCUCAUGGUCUAACUACAGGAUCUGGUUAACCUGAGACCUGAGCUCAUGGUCUAACUACAGGAUCUGGUAAACCUCCUGAGACCUGAGCUCAUGGUCUACCUACAGGAUCUGGUAAACCUCCUGAGACCUGAGCUCAUGGUCUAACUACAGGAUCUGGUUAACCUGAGACCUGAGCUCAUGGUCUAACUACAGGAUCUGGUAAACCUCCUGAGACCUGAGCUCAUGGUCUAACUACAGGAUCUGGUAAACCUCCUGAGACCUGAGCUCAUGGUCUAACUACAGGAUCUGGUUAACCUGAGACCUGAGCUCAUGGUCUAACUACAGGAUCUGGUAAACCUCCUGAGACCUGAGCUCAUGGUCUACCUACAGGAUCUGGUAAACCUCCUGAGACCUGAGCUCAUGGUCUAACUACAGGAUCUGGUUAACCUGAGACCUGAGCUCAUGGUCUAACUACAGGAUCUGGUAAACCUCCUGAGACCUGAGCUCAUGGUCUAACUACAGGAUCUGGUUUACCUGAGACCUGAGCUCAUGGUCUACCUACAGGAUCUGGUUAACCUGAGACCUGAGCUCAUGGUCUAACUACAGGAUCUGGUUUACCUGAGACCUGAGCUCAUGGUCUAACUACAGGAUCUGGUAAACCUCCUGAGACCUGAGCUCAUGGUCUAACUACAGGAUCUGGUAAACCUUAGACCUGAGCUCAUGGUCUAACUACAGGAUCUGGUUAACCUGAGACCUGAGCUCAUGGUCUAACUACAGGAUCUGGUUAACCUGAGACCUGAGCUCAUGGUCUAACUACAGGAUCUGGUUUAACUGAGACCUGAGCUCAUGGUCUAACUACAGGAUCUGGUUUAACUGAGACCUGAGCUCAUGGUCUAACUACAGGAUCUGGUAAACCUUAGACCUGAGCUCAUGGUCUAACUACAGGAUCUGGUAAACCUUAGACCUGAGCUCAUGGUCUAACUACAGGAUCUGGUAAACCUUAGACCUGAGCUCAUGGUCUAACUACAGGAUCUGGUAAACCUUAGACCUGAGCUCAUGGUCUAACUACAGGAUCUGGUUUACCUGAGACCUGAGCUCAUGGUCUAACUACAGGAUCUGGUUUAACUGAGACCUGAGCUCAUGGUCUAACUACAGGAUCUGGUAAACCUUAGACCUGAGCUCAUGGUCUAACUACAGGAUCUGGUUUAACUGAGACCUGAGCUCAUGGUCUAACUACAGGAUCUGGUUUACCUGAGACCUGAGCUCAUGGUCUAACUACAGGAUCUGGUAAACCUUAGACCUGAGCUCAUGGUCUGAGGAUCAGGGACCCAAACGGAGGUGAUCUUUAUGAUAAUAAAAAUAAAAAGCUUGAA